CGUCAGCACAUUCCCCGCUUCUCCUCUCGGUAGCUCCACAUUGAGCCUCCCGGAGCCUCGCCGUUUUCACCGAAAUCGUUUGAAUACUCGUCUUUCUGCAGUUUUGAAUUGAUUCCCCAUCCGUUCGGGGAGCGAAGAUCCGCCCGCGAGGCUGCUUUAAUCCCCGACAGCACUCUAUAGAUGCUGAUUUCGUCAACAUGGCAACAGAAGACAAGAAGCCAGAGACGGACACGAAGCCUCCAGUGGUCCCCUCGGCCUCUGCCAGCCAAAGCAAGUCUGCGCCCGCCAAGCCAAACUACAGCCUGAAGUUCACGCUCGCGGGCCACACUAAAGCCGUGUCCUCUGUAAAGUUCAGCCCCAGCGGAGAAUGGCUCGCCAGCUCCUCUGCUGAUAAACUCAUCAAAAUCUGGGGAGCAUAUGACGGCAAGUUUGAGAAAACCAUAUCAGGACACAAACUGGGCAUAUCCGACGUGGCCUGGUCGUCUGACUCCAACCUCCUGGUGUCUGCGUCGGACGACAAAACCCUGAAGAUCUGGGACGUCAGCUCGGGAAAGUGCCUGAAAACCCUGAAAGGUCACAGCAACUACGUCUUUUGCUGCAACUUCAACCCCCAGUCCAACCUGAUCGUGUCGGGAUCGUUUGACGAGAGCGUACGGAUAUGGGACGUGAAGACCGGGAAGUGCUUGAAAACGUUGCCGGCUCAUUCGGAUCCCGUCUCUGCUGUCCACUUCAACAGAGACGGCUCCCUGAUCGUGUCCAGUAGCUACGAUGGGCUUUGUCGAAUCUGGGACACGGCGUCCGGCCAGUGUUUAAAGACUCUCAUAGACGACGACAACCCCCCAGUGUCUUUCGUGAAGUUCUCCCCCAACGGGAAAUACAUCCUGGCUGCUACGCUGGACAACACGCUGAAGCUGUGGGACUACAGCAAAGGAAAGUGUUUGAAAACAUACACGGGCCAUAAAAAUGAGAAAUACUGCAUAUUUGCAAACUUCUCAGUGACCGGCGGGAAGUGGAUCGUGUCGGGAUCGGAGGACAACAUGGUUUACAUCUGGAACCUGCAGACCAAGGAGAUCGUGCAGAAACUGCAGGGCCACACAGACGUGGUCAUUUCCACCGCCUGCCACCCGACAGAGAACAUCAUCGCGUCAGCGGCUUUAGAAAACGACAAAACCAUCAAGCUAUGGAAAAGCGACUGCUAAACACCUUCUGUUGGGCCAUUUGUGAUUCGUUUUUUUUUUUUCUUUUAUUUCUACAUGUUAUUGUACGGCGAGAGGGCUCGUUUUCCCUCCUGACGGCUCCUGCUGGACGCGGAGAUUUCCCACACAAUCGGCCAUGCGGCGGAUUUAGUGGCUUUGUGUUAUUUCCCAGCGAUCUGUGGCGCUUCGGUCCCCCAACACGGCGUCUAACCUCCAUGUCACUGCCUCCUAACGGCCGCUGCACACCCCCCCUGCUCUUGUACAAUAAAUGUGAUGCUUAUUUGGUCUUUUGUAUGAUUUCUGUUGCCUUUUUUUUUUUUUUUUUGAUCCGUGUAGCUGUGCAAGCGCCAUCAAGUGCACAAACUUGUUAAAACAGAGAUAUCCAAGUAUCCUGAUAUAUAUUUAUUCAGCUGGUACCAAUAUUAGUUUCUUCAUGAGCCCUGAUCACACAUUUAACCAACCUGAUUUCUGAAAUGAUCCCAUCUUUCCAAAAAAAAAAAAAAAAAAAAAUCAUUUUUCAAAUUCUGCUGUUCACAAAGU